AUGGCGCUGCCGAAGAGCAUGCGCAUCCUGGCAGGUGCCACAAUAUGCGUCUUCCUCUUCUUGUUUGUCAAGAUCUUGAACGCGCCGUCUGCCGGUCAACUGCAGGUACCGACCAAAGUUCCGCUGUCCCAAGACGGGCAAUGGGACCACGACCCACAGUCAGAUCCAUCCGGAGAGCCCCCAGAGCCUCUGCGACGAGUCGACGGAAACAACUACGCCCCGGACAAUCCGAAGAGCGCACGCAUCAAUGCCACCAUCCUGAGUCUGGUACGCAAUGAAGAGCUCGAUGACAUGCUCCAGAGCAUGCACGACCUCGAGAGAACGUGGAACCACAAGUUCAACUACCCGUGGACCUUCUUCAACGACAAGCCGUUCACCGACGAGUUCAAGACGCGGACGCGCGCAGCAACAAAUGCCGAGGUGCGAUAUGAGCUCGUGCCCGCCGAACACUGGGAUGUCCCGUCGUGGAUCAACGAAGACCUCUACCAGGAAUCCGUAUCCCUCCUCAAGGCGCAGCAAGUGCAAUACAUGGACAAGAGGUCGUACCACCAGAUGUGCAGAUGGAACAGCGGCAUGUUCAGCGAGCACCCCGCGCUGAAGGAUGUGCAGUACUACUGGCGAGUCGAGCCAAAGGUCCACUUCUUCUGCGACGUCGACUACGACGUCUUUGCAUGGAUGCAGGACCACAAUAAGACCUACGGCUUCAACAUCAACCUCUUCGAUAGCGCCGAGAGCGUUGCGACGCUAUGGCCCGAGACAAAGAAGUUCCUCGACGACCACCCCGACUACGUCCACCCGAACAACGCCCGCGAGUGGCUGGAAGACAACACACGCCGGCCAGACAACAACAAGAAAGCAAACGGGUACUCCACGUGCCAUUUCUGGUCCAACUUCGAGAUCGCCGACCUGAGCUUCUGGCGCAGCAAGAAGUACCGCGACUACUUCGACCACCUCGACCGUGCGGGAGGCUUCUUCUACGAGCGCUGGGGCGACGCACCCGUACACAGCGUCGCACUCGGUCUGUUCGAGGACAAGUCCAAGAUCCACUGGUUCCGCGACAUCGGCUACCAGCACGUUCCCUUCUUCAACUGCCCCACGAGCCCCAAGUGCAAGGGCUGCGUCGCCGGCCGCUUCACCGACGGCGCCAAGUGGCUGAACCGCGAGGACUGCAGACCGCUGUGGUUCAAGUACGUCGGCAUGGACUGA